AUUAAUUAUUGAUUAUUCAAGAUAUGACCCCUAAUUAAUUAUACCCUUAAUCCAUAAUUAAGGGGUUAGUCAAUACCUCUACUGUGGAAUCAGUAAAACCAAAUCUCUCUCCUCUCUUCUUGUUUAGUACACUCCCUCUCUCUCUCUCUCUCUCUCUCUCUCUUUCUUCCCUUCUCUUCUCUAUUCUACGGGGAGGGAUGAUGAGCGAUGACCCUCUCCUUUAAAACCCGUAACGGACUUUCCUUAAACGCCGUUACUCUCUGCCCCUUUUUGACUCACGUGCCUUCUAAAAAUAUUCCCUUUUCAUUUAAUUAUGGUUUUAGUGCAGCCCGUAACCUUGUCAACAAAUACCGUUCACGGCGAGCCCAGUAACGGCGUUGACAACCGCCCGGCCUCCAUCGACGGCGGAGAUGACGGCAGUAAAGCUCCUAGACUCCCUCGCUGGACUAGGCAAGAGAUUCUUGUCCUCAUACAAGGGAAGAAAGUGGCCGAGAAUCGAGUCAGGAGAGGCCGGACUGCCGGUAUGGCUUUUGGCUCCGGUCAGGUUGAACCCAAGUGGGCAUCGGUUUCAUCGUACUGUAAAAGGCAUGGGGUGAACCGAGGACCUGUUCAGUGCCGCAAGAGGUGGAGCAAUUUAGCGGGUGAUUAUAAGAAGAUAAAAGAAUGGGAAACUCAGAUACGCGAGGAAACGGAGUCGUUUUGGGUGAUGAGGAAUGACUUGAGGAGGGAAAGGAAAUUGCCGGGCUUUUUUGAUAGGGAGGUUUACGAUAUUCUUGAUGGAGUUGGGGGUGUUUCACCGGCCACGCCGGGGCUCUCUCUGGCUCUGGCUCCGUCGACGGAGCCGGCGGAGGACGUGGAAACGGUUUUCGAUAGCGGGAGGAGCGCGGCGGCUGAAGAUGGACUAUUUUCAGACUUUGAGCAGGAGGAGGCCGGUGGGAGCCCGGACAAGGAGGCGACUGCUGCUAAGGAGGUUCCACCAAUUAAGGCGGCAGCGGUGGGAGUUGCUGCUCCUGUACCAAUUUCAGAGCAGCAGUACCAACCAGAACCAGCUCUACAAGCAGAUCAAACUCAAGACCCAUUUUUGCUCUCUGCAGGUACAGCAAAUGAGAAACAGCCGGCUCCCAAUACUGUGGAGGGUUCUGCUUCACAUGAGAAUCGAAAACGGAAAAGGCUUCCAACAGACAGUGAUGAAGAAACAACCAAUAUCCAGAAUCAGUUGAUUGAUGUCUUAGAAAAGAAUGGUAAGAUGCUGAAUGCUCAACUUGAAGCACAGAACAAUAAUUUCCAGCUGGACCGGGAGCAGCGGAAGAACCACGGAGAUAGCUUGGUUGCUGUUCUUAAUAAGCUUGCAGAUGCUCUUGGAAAAAUUGCUGAUAAGUUGUAGCAGAAGGCAAUCUGAAGACUGUACAUAAUGGAGUUCAUAGUUGAGGUUGAAGAUUUGUGUAGGAACACAUUCAAGAUGGCUGGAGAUCUCAUCUUUCUUUUUGUUUUAUUCCCAUUCUCUGAAUAUUUUUCUUUAAAUUUCGACACUGUGGCUUUGCGCUGCCCAUAGGAUUCAUACACAGAAUAAAGUUUAUAUUUCUUAAGGUACA